CCAAGAACGGUACAGUGCGGCCCUUUCGCUACCCGGCUCCUUCGGGCUCCAGUUAUGGUUUCCGAGAGGGCUCUUCUAGCUGAAGGACGCCGCUGAGGAGAGGCCUAAGCGCUCCCUGCUUCCUCCCGAGGCCGCUCCGCUAGAAGCGGGUAAGCUCGGAGGUAUGGAGCCGCCCAAGACGAAGCCCUCUAAUGCUAUCCUUGGCCAUGGGGGCUAUGACUCCGAUUUUAGUGAUGAUGAAACGGGAGAGAAAUCAGACCAGUGGAAAAACAGUAAUGAAGAUGCAUUACUCAAAAAGCCCUUCCAGAAAGAAAAACACAGCAAAGUGGCCCACAGACAGGUGGCGACAGAUGAAUGGGACAGGGAAGAAGCAAGAAAUCGAAGAUUUCAUUUAAUAGCAAUGGAUGCUUUUGCAAGACAUAAGAAAUUUGUGAAUGACUAUAUUUUAUACUAUGGUGGUAAGAAAGAAGACUUCAAACGUUCAGGAGAAAAUGACAAGAGUGACCUGGAUAUUGUAAGGGAAAACCACAGAUUCCUGUGGAGUGAAGAAGAUGAAGUUGACAUGAACUGGGAGAAGAGGCUUAGCAAGAAAUACUAUGAUAAAUUAUUCAAGGAGUACUGCAUAGCAGAUCUAAGUAAAUACAAAGAGAACAAGUUUGGAUUUAGGUGGAGACAUGAGAAAGAGGUUGUAUCAGGAAAAGGUCAGUUUACCUGUGGAAAUAAGCGCUGUGAUGAAAAAGAAGGCUUGAAGAGCUGGGAGGUGAAUUUUGGUUACGUUGAGCACGGUGUAAAGAAAAACGCACUUGUGAAAUUAAGGCUCUGUCCAGAAUGCUCUUACAAAUUAAAUUUUCAUCACAGGAGAAAGGAAGUCAAACCAACAAAGAAGAAAGAGAGCACAGAAAAAAGUUCCAAAGGGUUAACGUGUAAGAGGUCAAGAUUGUCUACUCCACACCGACACAAGUCAAAGAAGAAAAAGAGCCAUAAAGAUCCGGCAUUGUUAGAAGAAUCUGACAAUUCUGAUGAAGAUUCAGGCAAUAGUGAUCAGCAAGAUGGCCCCUCCGAUGCUGAUUUUUGGAAGGGUCCUCCCGAAGAUUUAGAGGAAAAAUCACGGGAGGAAGAAUUUGAUGAGUACUUCCAGGACUUGUUUCUCUAAAAUGUGAUUUGGAAAUCUGAAGCUUCAUGAAUCAUCAACGUCUGUAAAUGCACAUCAGGCUUUCAAAUGUCAUACACCUCAUUUUUCUUUAAAUAUGGGCUGGGCAAUGCACAUUGCCUCCUUCUGCUUGUUUCCUUGCAAAAUGGCCACUUGUUUUUCUUGCUGCUGCCGUCAUAGCACCAAAUUCAGCAGCCGUUUCGGUUUCAGCAGCGGUGGGGUGCAGGUGCCAGUGAGGUAGUGGGAUACCCCAGCCCUUGAAGGUUGCCCACCACGCUAUGCUACAUAAGAACUAUUCACCAUAUCUUUUGUUCCAUUUGGCUCCAAUGACAGUCAUUCACCUGAGUUUGCUGUUAGAGGGAAUAAUGACCAUCAGUGACACCUUAAUAAAUAUCCAUGUGGAUAAAUCUUUUUGAAUCAUAGAUGCAUGAUUCAUCUAUGAACAGGGUGGCCCUGUUCAGAAGUCACCUUAAACAAUGGCUUUAACCAUGGUGAAUAAGCCUUCUUUGCUGUGGUUAAAGCCGUGGUUUAAGAUGUCUU